UUCGAAAUCACCCACACCGAUGCUGAGAUAUUCGCAAAACUUGGACCCCUAGCCAGAUCGAACCACGAUUUCCCUUUCCGGGGCGCCCGCGCAUUACACACUGCGCCAUGGACGUCUUUGCUCUCAUCUUGUUGACGACGCUGACAUUCUUUGCCUUCUACCAUCGCCUAUGCGAGUUUUUUGUGUCAUACUCUGUGCCUUGCUGUUCUUCUCCUUAGCAUCUGCUAUCUUCAAUAGCCUUCAAGGGAAUUCUCACGGUUCCAGCAGUUUUUGUAAACGACCUGGAGAACCGUUUCGGCCUGAUGUUUUGUGUCCAGGCGAAACAAUGUUUUUCUACUACUCUUGUUGUAGUCAUUUGAGCGGCAACGGUUUAAAAUGCUGUGCAGAACUUUGGGUGGUUUAUCUUCACGACUCAUGCAUUGUCUUCAAUGCAUAUGAUAUUCUAGUGUGGUUUGCUUGGACAGGUUCUUUGCGCUGCUUGUUCUCCAGCUUUUCUGCGCUUGUCGGCUGCAUUACGUUCACAUUUCAGAUCCCAGGUUCUCUACCUCCCACCAUUGGAAAUUUUUUGCGCAGCUUCCAGAAAUUUGUCUCAAGAACUUUACACAUUUCAGAUUUGAAUAAUGUCACAUCGUGUCGGAAUACAAGGGCGAUGAGGACGACAACUGAGCGUUUGGUUAGCGUUUUGUGGAGUCCUCGUUUUUUCUCUGAUUGA